AUGUCGCAUGCCGCGACGGUGGCGCACACAGGCAGCAUGGCGCCCAUAUACACUCCGCUGAGCACAGGCAGGUUCGAUGAGCGCCGGUUGAAGGCGCUGCGGCAAAAGCGCCCUGCGUGGCUGCUUGGCUUGCAGUACACGCUGUGCGUUCUGAUCCCGCUGCUGGUGGUGCUAUUCGCGCUGCACGAUAUGCGCCUGCGAGGGCUGGGGGACGCGGACCGCGGGUGGCUGCUUGACACGCAGCGCAAUUACACGAUGGACCGCGCGUACUGGCGCGGUCAGAAGCAACCGUGCAAUCGCCACUACUACUUCAGAGUAUCAAAGCUGGUGGAGAGGGCGCCGGACGGCAUUGUGCGCAACCUGACGGUGAUCAACGGGCAGUACCCGGGGCCGCUGGUGGAGGCUAACGCGGGGGACACGUUGUGGCUGCAUGUGGUUAACGAGAUGGACGACGAGCCUGUGACCAUACACUGCCACGGGCUGUUCUUUGAAAACCAGGCGUACAACGACGGCGCUGCCCACAUCAACCAGUGCCCGAUCCCGCCGGGGGGCGGCAAGUACACCUACCGGAUUAAGGUGAGCGAGAAGCAAUGGGGCACGUACUGGUAUCACUCGCACUUUGCCGCGCAACAGGCAGACGGUCUUUUUGGGCCGCUGGUGAUACACUCUAGCGAGGAGGACAUGCUCCUUGAGGAAUACGACGAGGACAUGGUGGUUAUGGUCAAUGACUACUACCACGAUAUGGCGGCUACUUAUAUGGCGGACUAUUUGGCGCCCGGUAACGAAAACGUAGAGCCAACGCCAGACAACGGUUUCAUUCAAGGCAGUGGCCCUUUUAAGUACGACUCGGCGACUUACAUCGUGCCCCACGGUAGCGCCCGAAAUGUUAGCUACGUUGGCGACGUCGCUGUGCCAACUUUGCACCUGGCGCCGGAGCGGAAGUAUCGCGUGCGGCUGAUCAAUGCCGGGUUCUUCGCGCCCUUUAACUUUGCUGUAGAUCAGCAUCGAUUGGAAGUUGUGGAGGCAGACGGCACUGUUGUGGAUCCUGUUGAGCUCGAGUCCAUCACGAUGUCUGUGGGUCAGCGCUAUUCAUUCUUUCUUAAGCGCGAGGAUCACUCGUCGAGAGAUUACUUGGUCCGCGCGCGUUUCAAUCCAUUUUGCUUUGAGGAAAAUACUGAUAAUUUUGAUACCGAUGUUCAUGCUAUUCUAAGCUACGAGAACGAUCCUGGCGUACCAGCCCCUACCGGCCACGGCUGGCCUUACGAUGGCGGGAAUACACAUUGCGCGGAUACCAACCAGACCAUGUUCCGCACGCGCGGUGCCAAAGUGCCGCGUAGAAGCGAUGGGCUCAACCGCCCCGACAUCUUCCUCACACUGGACGUGUCGUUCCUGAUUAAGGAACGGCAACUAGAUCGAGGGUACUUCAAUAAGCACACUUAUAAACCACUAGGAAAUAGUUGCACGAUGCACGAACUGGCAUUUGAACCUGACGCUAAUCCAAUCAGAAAAUUGCAUACCGAGUCUGAUCUUGAAACAGUAAAUCAAGGACAAUACCUAAUCAAUCUAGACAAGCGUGGCUCAAUAGUGGAUAUUGUCAUUAAUAAUUACGAUGAUGGCGCCCACCCCUUCCAUAUGCAUGGGCAUAAGUUUUGGGUUCUUCGUGAUUCUCUUAACGGAUACUUUCAUGAUAAUUAUUAUGAGGACUCUGCUUCAUUGAACUUUGAAAAUCCUGUACUUCGUGAUACUAUCAAUGUCAGCGGAUAUGGGUACGCUGUGAUUCGGUUCGUGGUCGAUAACCCGGGCAUAUGGCCGUUCCACUGUCACAUAGGCUGGCACAUGGCCGCGGGUCUAUUAUUACAGAUAAAUGCAUUGCAAGCUGAAUAUACUGAGUGGACUGACUAUCCUGCCACGUGGAGCAGCCACUGUCGCCUCCCUGGCAAUGCGUAA